AUGAAGCUCCUCCUCCGUCUUUCAUUCAACGGCGUGUUGCGGCGGCCGAGCGUUAACACUUACAACGUCGUAAUGAUCCGCGGCUUCUCUGGGAACUCAGAAUCAGAAUCAGAAUCGAAGGCUUACGCGGCUCGGAUUCUAUGGAGAUGCAGCCAGGAGCGUGUAGAUGAGGCUCAUAAGGUUUUGAGUCAAAUGAUUGAUACUGGGUUUUCUCCCUCGGUUGAUACAUACAACCACAUUAUUCAUGGCUAUUGCCGUGAUAACAGGUUUCAUGAGGCUCUGGGGAUUUUGAGUCAAAUGAUUGAUACUGGGGUUUCUCCCUCGGUUGCUACAUACAACCACAUCAUUCAUGGCUAUUGCGCUCAUAAGAGGGUUCAUGAGGCUCUGGGGAUUUUGAGAACCAUGCCUCACACACCUGAUGCUCUUACUUAUGACAUUAUAAUUCAUCAGUUUUGCAAACUCCACGACCUCGACAAGGCCUUUCAAAUCAAGGCGGAGAUGCUCAACAAUGGCAUCUUGCCUAAUCUUUACACGUAUGAGACGCUUAUUCACGCCCUGUGCCCGCUUCAAAGACUGUCUCAAGCCUUUCAUCUCUUCUGCGAGAUGCUGCGCAGGGGUCUGUUGCCGCGUGACCGCACUUAUAAUACUUUGAUCAAUGCUUAUUGUCUUCAAGGACAAUUCAGUAAGGCUUUUCAAAUCCAUCAUCAACUGUUACUACACAAUGCUGAUUUUGUUUCUGCCUUUUCGCCAUCUCUUGUUACAUACAAUGCACUUAUUCAUGGCUAUUGCUUUCUCGGGAGGCUUCAGGAGGCGCUGGGGAUUUUGAGGGGCAUGCCUCAGAUGGGAUUGUCCCCUGAUGGUGUUAGUUAUAACCCUGUUAUAUCCGCGUUAUGCCGAAUCCGGGAGCCGGGGAAGGCCUUUGAUUUGAAGUUUGAGAUGGAUGAAAAGAGCAUCGGUCCGUUGGAUGAAGACACCAAUGAAUCACUUAUGGAACAACUGUCGGAUGAGGAUACUUAUUCUAGUUUGAUGAAUGAAUAUUUUGCUCAAGGUAACUUGGAAAAGGCUUAUCAGUUGGAAGUUGAAGUGGAUCACGAUCGUUACAUGCUACCUUGUGUUACCAUGAGUGUGUUUUUGAAUGGACUUAACAAGAAAGCUAGGACAAGCGAAGCUAAGUGGAUUCUUCUGCGCAAGAUUUUUGAUUGGUGUUCGCGAUUUCCAACUUAUAUAAUAUAUGAUACCCUGAUAGAGAACUGCAGUAAUGAUGAAUUUAAGAGCGUGGUAGGGCUUGUCAAAGGCUUCAGCAAGAGGGGUUUAGUGAGUAAAGCAGCCAGAGCUCAUGACACAAUGCUCGAAGGGAAUUAUAAGCCAGAUGGAGCAGUUUAUAAUUUAUUAAUAUUUGAUCAUUGUAGAUGCCUUAAUGUUCGUAAGGCCUAUAAUAUGUACAUGGAGAUGGUGCAUUAUGGUUUUGUUCCUCAUAUGUUCUCUGCACUUGCUCUUAUUAAGGCUCUACAUUAUUGCGGAAGGCAGAAUGAGAUGAGUUGGGUAAUUCAAAACACAUUGAGGAGCUGUAAUCUCAAUGAGUUUGAGCUACCUAAAGUACUUAAUGAAAUUGACUUCCCGAAAUGUAAAAUUAAUGCUCUUUUGGAUGUACUAGCUGAAAUUGCCAUGGAUGGCCUGUUACUUGAUGGUGGAAAGUGUUCAUAUGCCUCAGCAAGAACCUAA